AUGAGAGCCAUUGGGCCUUACUUUACCGCUGUUUCCUUCUUCGGUGUCUCUGCCGUCGACACGUAUACAAGCAUCUACACGCCACUGAUCGUGUUCUUCUCGUACCUCUGCAUUCUUUGUGUUGAAUGGUUCGGGCAUCCAAUCAGCUGCGCGGCCGAUCAACCUGUUGGCGCUGAUUUGCUUGACAAGCAUCAUCUCGUCAUAGAAUUCUGCAGAAGGGAAGCAGCGGAAUUCCUUAAUAUUCGUCGCCAUUUGCCCACCGUCGGCGACUAUCAGUGGCUACGAAUUGCCCUGUUCCUCGGUUGUCUGCUCUUCUUCGUGCCGCAUAUCUUCUGGGUGCUAGGCCGAACUUUUUCGGUUUAUCCCUUUACUUCGGCGUUGCGGUGCUUCAUCACGCUACGGGGGCAUACGAGAGAAGAGACGCGAGCAAUACUAGCUGAAAAGAUGGAUGGCAUCGUGAAGAUUCGCUCUUCAAUGCGAUCCAAAAGAAAGAAUCCACUUUUGCUGUCUCCAAUAUCGAUCCUCUACGUCAUAUUCAAGACCAUCGUCAUCUUGUGCACUCUGCUGCUGAACGUCUUCAUCUUUGGCACGUUGAUCAAGAUGCCAACAUCUGAGGAGGCCGGCCUAUUUUCUCGAUCAUUUUGGACAAACCAUCAUGAAGCUCAUGGGCUCUUUGCCCAGCUCGCCGUGUGUUACUUUCCAUACAGGUUCACGAUCAAUAUCCCGGAGACAAGAUACACAUGUGUGCUCACACUCAACGCCGUCACCGAGAAGCUGUACAUCGUCCUCUUCCUCUGGCUCACUACGAUGAUUGUGCUGAACACGAUAAGCACGCUUUAUUGGGUGACCUAUUUGGCCAGUGCAAGGCGUCGGAAGCACCAGAUGACGGAGUGGUUCAAGUUGGGGCAACCGAACAUUUGCUUGCUGUCCAACCAACGCCGAGUGGACCGUUUCAUACGGCACCUCGGCAGCGACACUUGGCUGCUCUUGUCUGUGUCGGGCCAACGCGGUGGGCUCUUCAUCGCUGCGCAAGCCAUCUCAGCGUUAUGGACCAGUUUCCUACGGCUUGACGAGCAAUCGGCUCUCAAGCCCGUACGGAAGUCAACAACAAGCAUAUGGUCCUCAGGAUACGAUGGCCCAGUUCCCGAGCUGCCCAUCGUCACCGGCACCUUGGACGACGCGGAAACGACAAGCCUCAACUCUGAUGUCAACCAACAUAUCUCAAGCCUCCCA